UAGUAACAUGGCCUCUUUAUUAAAACAUGGGAAACUAAAAGCCAGGGCGAUGACUCAUCCAUUGCAGCAGUCUGUUCUGGUAAAAGAGUUACUUACUCUGGACAGCAGGGUUUGCUUUAGGGCUUAUCAGGUUAUUUAUUUUAAGGUAGGGCCUAAAACCAUGCCUUUCAGGUACAGCUUAGAAAUCUUAGUGCCUCAGCCUUUGGGGUUUCUAAACCAGGGAACUAUCCUUUCCCCUGUCUCUGUACUGUUGGAAAUUUAGAUAGUAUGGUCUCAUAAUAAACAUCUUUUAUUACAACAAAUUACUGAUCUUUAAGGGGCAUGCCAGUUUGGAGGCUGUUUUAGUUUGGGGGAACAAGGUCCUGCUAUGUGGUGGGGCUCUCUUGAAUUCUAGAUCUUCCUGUCUCAGAAGCCUCUAGUGUAAGGAUUACACGUGAGCACCACAAUGCAUUGGGUAGCAUUAUCAUUUAGACCAUUUUUCGCUUGGAAAAAAAAAAGUGCUUUAACUGUUUAUGGUGCCUUUGCUGAGUGAAAUCUGCUUAGUCUUUUUAGUUGCUUUUAGUGUUUUUCUCCAAUACUGUCUUUCAUACUUAGGCUGAGAAGAGAAUCUGGCAGGCAAGACAACAGUCCUAUUAAUAAGCAAAAUGAUUUGGGUUAUCACCAUCUACUUUUCUUCUUAAUGAUUUCUGGAAACAACUCAUUCUUGAAAUUUCUAUGUGUGAUGACAAAGCAGUCUCAGUGCACUUUUUGGUUAGGUAUUCCACACCAAGGAAGUAAAAUCAACUGCUCUGGGGAUUUGAAAUGUCCUUACAACUGCAGAGUGUGUACGAAAGUAUAAGGCACUUGUCAAUAAAUUAAACUGUGGUGAUCUGCUCUUACACCCCAAAUUCUAAGAUUGAAAAUGCCAUUUGAUUAAGCUACUGACAUUUCUGCAGUAAAACAAUAUCUCCCUUUGAAUUUAGAAUUUGUCCACUUCUAAAAAAAGACUUAAAGUCUUUAGACUCAUAUUAAAACUAUCGUUUCAAACGUUGCAGGAGAGAGCAUUCAAAUGUUUAAGUGAAAUUAUACAAACACAAAGCAUCCUAAAUAUGGUGGCAAGGCUCUUCUUCACAACGGGGGGCUGACUGCCUUCUCACUUGCCUGUUUCUCUCAGCCCAGGUAUGAAAGGCAGUAUUUGGAGAAACACUAAAAGCAACUAAAAUGACUAAGCAGAUUUCUGUAAGCAAAACCGCUUACACAAAAUUAUUGUAUACCCAGUGGUGUCUUAUGUUCUUUAGGUGAAAGGGGCAUUGAAAAUAACUUUCUCAAGAACUUUCAGGGGAAUUAAGAUGAAAUAUGAGGAAUUGAAUUCUCUAAAUCAUCCUUAUUGGUGCUAUUGUGAAACAUUACACCUUACACUUUAGCAAGAGCUCUGGAGCGGCUAUGAAUCGCUAAUGAAUGCUGCAGAUACCUUAGUGCUGUAGUCAGGCAAGGUGCUCCGGUUUUGAAGAGCUUACACUGCCCACUUUGCUACUACAGGCAAUGAUCCUACUAACGUGUAUGACCAACAGUCAAUCCCUCCGCUCCAAGAAAGCCCUCGAGGUUUCUUUCACCAUCCAUCCUUUGAUCUAAACCUUUAAAGAUUUUCAGGUUGCCGAACACUCCCAACUCUCAAAGGCCAAACUAAUCUCUACAUUAGGCUGGUGUAAGUCCACCAAAAUGUCCGCGGAAGCUCUCUCCAGGGCCAGCAGGAGACACUUCUCACAUGGCCUUCACUGUCCUUUGAGAUGGUUUAUCUGAGGCACUCGAGAGCCAUCCGGCUCUCCUGGCGUCAGAAGGGCGUGCGUCAGGGCAGGGAGGCUUGCAGCUCAGCACGAUCCCCCCUCCCUGAGGUGUCAGCAACCACCCACUGCGUGAAACCGGGCGGGGGAGGCGCGCCGCAGUCAGCCGCCCAAAGAGCGCUGCGGCGGGGCCGUUUUCCCUUAGUCACCGCGGCGCCGACGCCGCGGCCUUCUCCUCAGGCACUCGGUGUCCUCACGCCCCGGUCGCCACGCCGGCAGGGGGCUCAACGGCCACCUCAACCCCAGGAGCAGCGGCCAGUCCCUAACUCUCGCCCUCCACUCUGGCAGCCGUCAACCGACCCUUCCCUACCCGCAUCACGUGCACCUGGAAGUGCGUGGGUGGGUCCUACAGCGCCUACGGAAAUGACGUAGUUCGCCCCGAGUCGCAUGAUGUGGCAAAAUGUUAAAAAAAAAAAAAAGGUGGGGGGGAGGGGAGGAGGGAGAAACCGGAGCCUGGGGAAAGUGAUGAGUCUAGAAAAAGUAGUCCCUCGGUUCCUCUGUUUCCCCGCUGCCGCAUCAGCGAAGAGCGAUCCGCGCACUGCGUCCCUGAAUUCCUACGCCUGUCCGCUGCACGGGGUUCGUGGAAGGCUACAUAAGGCGGACAGGGUGAGGAGGCUGGGCGGAGUUCUGCCCCGGGAUCCUUCCGCAGGGCUCAGCCGUUUCCGGAGUCUGCGCUGCUCCCGGUUCCGCCAUUGCGGCUCUCCCGGCCCUUGGAGCCUCCGCCCCCGACCCAAGCUCUCUCGUCUGCCUGCCAGUUCCCUACGUCCCCGGAGAGUAUUCCUCUGAGCCCAACCUCCCCCUCCCUUCCCCUUCUCCUCCUCUCCCUUGGAGAGCCCGGGCAGGCACUGCCCUGCAGCCCCAGUGACAGGAGGAGACCAUACUCCCCGACAGCGCCAUGGCCCAGAUUCUGCCAAUUCGCUUUCAGGAGCAUCUCCAGCUCCAGAACCUGGGUAUCAACCCAGCAAACAUUGGCUUCAGUACCCUGACUAUGGAGUCAGACAAAUUCAUCUGCAUUAGAGAAAAAGUGGGAGAGCAGGCUCAGGUGGUGAUCAUUGACAUGAAUGAUCCAAGUAAUCCGAUUCGAAGACCAAUCUCAGCAGACAGUGCCAUCAUGAAUCCUGCCAGCAAAGUGAUUGCACUGAAAGCUGGAAAAACUCUACAGAUAUUUAACAUUGAAAUGAAAAGUAAAAUGAAGGCCCACACCAUGACCGAUGAUGUCACCUUCUGGAAAUGGAUCUCUCUGAAUACGGUUGCUCUUGUUACGGAUAAUGCAGUUUAUCACUGGAGCAUGGAGGGGGAGUCUCAGCCAGUGAAGAUGUUUGAUCGUCAUUCCAGCCUCGCAGGGUGCCAGAUCAUCAAUUACCGUACAGAUGCUAAGCAGAAGUGGUUGCUCCUGACUGGCAUAUCUGCACAGCAAAAUCGCGUGGUUGGAGCUAUGCAGCUGUAUUCUGUAGACAGGAAAGUCUCUCAGCCCAUUGAAGGGCAUGCGGCGAGUUUUGCACAAUUUAAGAUGGAAGGAAACGCAGAAGAAUCGACGUUAUUUUGUUUUGCUGUGCGGGGUCAGGCAGGGGGGAAGUUACAUAUCAUUGAAGUUGGUACACCACCCACAGGAAACCAACCCUUUCCAAAGAAGGCAGUGGAUGUCUUCUUUCCUCCAGAAGCACAAAAUGAUUUUCCUGUUGCAAUGCAGAUCAGUGAAAAGCAUGACGUGGUGUUCCUGAUUACCAAGUAUGGUUAUAUUCACCUCUAUGACCUUGAGACUGGCACGUGCAUCUACAUGAACAGAAUCAGUGGAGAAACCAUCUUUGUUACUGCUCCUCAUGAAGCCACAGCUGGAAUAAUAGGAGUCAACAGAAAGGGACAAGUCCUAUCAGUUUGUGUGGAAGAAGAGAACAUAAUUCCUUACAUCACCAAUGUCCUACAAAAUCCUGAUUUGGCUCUGAGAAUGGCUGUGCGGAACAACCUAGCUGGUGCAGAAGAGCUCUUCGCCCGGAAAUUUAAUGCUCUCUUCGCCCAGGGAAACUACUCAGAGGCUGCAAAGGUGGCUGCUAAUGCACCGAAGGGAAUCCUUCGUACUCCAGAUACCAUCCGUCGAUUCCAGAGUGUCCCAGCUCAGCCAGGUCAAACUUCACCUCUGCUUCAGUAUUUUGGAAUCCUUUUGGACCAAGGCCAGCUGAACAAAUACGAGUCCUUAGAGUUAUGUAGACCUGUCCUUCAGCAAGGGCGGAAACAACUUUUGGAGAAAUGGCUGAAAGAAGAUAAGCUGGAAUGUUCUGAAGAACUGGGUGAUCUCGUAAAAUCUGUGGACCCAACGUUAGCACUGAGUGUAUACCUCAGAGCCAAUGUCCCUAAUAAAGUCAUCCAGUGCUUUGCAGAGACAGGUCAAGUCCAGAAGAUUGUUUUAUAUGCUAAAAAAGUUGGCUAUACUCCAGACUGGAUCUUUCUCCUGAGAAAUGUCAUGCGGAUCAGUCCAGAUCAAGGACAGCAGUUUGCCCAAAUGUUAGUUCAGGACGAAGAACCUCUUGCUGAUAUCACACAGAUUGUGGAUGUCUUUAUGGAAUACAAUCUAAUCCAACAAUGUACUGCCUUCUUACUUGAUGCUUUGAAGAAUAAUCGCCCUUCUGAAGGUCCUUUGCAGACGCGAUUGCUUGAGAUGAACCUUAUGCACGCACCUCAAGUUGCAGAUGCCAUUCUAGGGAAUCAGAUGUUCACCCACUAUGACCGGGCUCACAUCGCCCAGCUGUGUGAGAAGGCGGGCCUACUGCAGCGUGCAUUAGAACAUUUCACCGACUUAUAUGAUAUAAAACGAGCAGUCGUUCAUACCCAUCUUCUCAACCCCGAGUGGUUAGUGAAUUACUUUGGGUCCUUAUCAGUUGAAGAUUCCCUAGAAUGUCUCAGAGCCAUGCUGUCUGCUAAUAUUCGUCAAAAUCUACAGAUCUGUGUUCAGGUCGCUUCUAAAUAUCAUGAACAGCUGUCAACUCAGUCCCUGAUUGAACUCUUCGAGUCAUUCAAGAGUUUUGAAGGCCUCUUUUAUUUUCUGGGGUCCAUUGUUAACUUCAGUCAAGACCCAGAUGUGCACUUUAAAUAUAUUCAGGCGGCUUGCAAGACUGGACAAAUCAAAGAGGUGGAAAGAAUCUGCAGAGAGAGCAACUGCUAUGAUCCAGAGCGCGUCAAGAAUUUCCUCAAGGAGGCGAAACUCACAGAUCAGUUGCCACUCAUCAUCGUCUGUGACCGCUUUGACUUCGUCCAUGACCUGGUGCUGUAUUUAUACAGAAACAGUCUUCAGAAGUACAUAGAGAUAUAUGUCCAGAAAGUAAAUCCAAGUCGACUUCCUGUGGUUAUUGGAGGAUUGCUGGAUGUUGACUGCUCUGAAGAUGUCAUUAAAAAUUUGAUUCUUGUUGUGAGAGGUCAAUUCUCUACUGAUGAGCUUGUUGCUGAAGUUGAGAAAAGAAACAGAUUGAAGCUGCUUCUUCCUUGGCUUGAGGCUAGAAUUCAUGAGGGCUGUGAGGAGCCUGCUACACACAAUGCGUUAGCCAAAAUAUACAUCGACAGCAAUAACAACCCAGAGAGAUUCCUUCGUGAAAACCCCUACUAUGACAGUCGUGUCGUGGGAAAGUACUGUGAGAAGAGAGACCCACAUCUGGCCUGUGUUGCUUAUGAACGUGGCCAGUGUGAUCUGGAACUAAUCAACGUUUGCAAUGAGAAUUCCCUCUUCAAAAGUCUUUCUCGCUACCUGGUCCGUCGAAAGGAUCCAGAGUUGUGGGGUAGUGUGCUACUGGAAAGCAAUCCAUACAGAAGACCAUUAAUUGACCAGGUCGUACAGACAGCCUUGUCUGAAACUCAGGACCCAGAAGAAGUGUCAGUAACUGUCAAGGCUUUUAUGACAGCAGAUCUUCCUAAUGAACUCAUUGAGCUGCUGGAGAAAAUUGUCCUUGAUAACUCUGUAUUCAGUGAACACAGGAAUCUGCAAAACCUCCUCAUCCUCACUGCAAUUAAGGCUGACCGAACCCGAGUUAUGGAGUAUAUUAACCGCCUGGACAAUUAUGAUGCGCCAGAUAUUGCCAACAUUGCCAUCAGCAAUGAGCUCUUCGAAGAAGCAUUUGCUAUUUUCCGGAAGUUUGAUGUCAAUACUUCAGCAGUGCAGGUGUUAAUUGAACAUAUUGGAAACCUGGAUCGUGCAUAUGAGUUUGCUGAACGCUGCAAUGAGCCUGCUGUUUGGAGUCAACUCGCAAAAGCUCAGUUGCAGAAAGGGAUGGUGAAGGAAGCCAUUGAUUCUUACAUCAAAGCAGAUGAUCCUUCGUCUUACAUGGAAGUUGUUCAGGCCGCCAAUACUAGUGGAAACUGGGAAGAAUUGGUGAAGUAUUUGCAGAUGGCACGCAAGAAGGCCCGAGAGUCCUACGUGGAGACAGAAUUGAUAUUUGCACUGGCUAAAACAAACCGUCUUGCAGAAUUAGAAGAGUUCAUCAAUGGGCCAAAUAAUGCUCAUAUUCAGCAAGUUGGUGACCGUUGUUAUGAUGAGAAAAUGUAUGAUGCUGCUAAGUUGUUGUACAAUAAUGUUUCUAACUUUGGACGUUUGGCGUCUACCCUGGUUCACCUUGGCGAGUAUCAGGCAGCAGUUGAUGGUGCUAGAAAAGCUAAUAGUACUCGAACAUGGAAAGAGGUCUGCUUUGCCUGUGUAGAUGGGAAAGAGUUUCGCCUUGCUCAGAUGUGUGGACUCCAUAUUGUUGUGCAUGCAGAUGAAUUAGAGGAGCUUAUCAACUACUAUCAGGAUCGUGGAUAUUUUGAAGAACUCAUCACCAUGUUGGAGGCAGCCUUGGGACUAGAGCGAGCUCACAUGGGAAUGUUCACAGAGCUAGCAAUUUUGUAUUCUAAAUUCAAGCCACAGAAAAUGAGGGAACACCUAGAGUUGUUUUGGUCAAGAGUGAAUAUUCCUAAGGUGCUGAGAGCCGCAGAGCAAGCCCAUCUUUGGGCAGAGCUGGUGUUUCUGUAUGACAAGUAUGAAGAGUAUGAUAAUGCCAUCAUCACUAUGAUGAAUCACCCCACCGACGCAUGGAAGGAAGGGCAGUUCAAAGACAUCAUCACCAAGGUGGCUAAUGUGGAACUGUACUACAAAGCAAUCCAGUUCUACUUAGAAUUCAAGCCCUUGUUGUUAAAUGACUUGCUCAUGGUGCUGUCUCCACGGUUGGAUCAUACUCGUGCAGUCAAUUAUUUCAGCAAGGUUAAACAGCUACCACUGGUGAAACCAUAUUUACGCUCAGUUCAGAACCACAACAACAAGUCCGUGAACGAAUCCCUGAACAACCUCUUUAUCACAGAGGAGGAUUACCAGGCUCUGCGAACAUCAAUAGAUGCUUAUGACAACUUUGACAACAUCUCACUUGCUCAACGUUUGGAAAAACAUGAACUCAUUGAAUUCAGAAGAAUUGCUGCUUAUCUCUUCAAAGGAAACAAUCGCUGGAAACAGAGUGUGGAGCUGUGCAAGAAAGACAGCCUUUACAAGGAUGCAAUGCAGUAUGCCUCUGAAUCGAAAGACACAGAAUUGGCUGAAGAACUCCUGCAGUGGUUUCUGCAGGAAGAGAAGAGAGAAUGCUUUGGAGCUUGUCUCUUCACCUGCUACGAUCUUUUAAGGCCAGAUGUUGUCCUGGAAACUGCAUGGAGACAUAAUAUCAUGGAUUUUGCCAUGCCCUAUUUCAUCCAGGUCAUGAAGGAGUAUUUGACCAAGGUUGAUGCAAUAAAGGAAAAGGUGGAUAAAUUAGAUGCUUCGGAGUCACUGAGAAAAGAAGAAGAACAAGCUACAGAGACACAGCCCAUUGUUUAUGGUCAGCCCCAGCUGAUGCUAACAGCCGGACCCAGUGUGGCAGUCCCUCCCCAGGCACCUUUUGGUUAUGGUUAUACUGCACCACCAUAUGGGCAGCCACAGCCUGGCUUUGGGUACAGCAUGUGAGACGGAAGCUGAUCCCGUAGUCUCCUAUUUUCAUACUGAAGCAUCGUCCACCCACUUCUCAGUUUAUAAACGGGAAACAGGCAACGUGUUCUUGUAACCUUUACUUCAUGAAGGACUACUUUUUUGUUCUAACUAUAGACUCGGAUCGCCUAUGUUAAAACUUUAUUUUCACAUUCCGCAUCAUUAGACCUUCUUUUCAAAGGGGAAUAGUACUCACGUGGGCUUUUUCUCCCCCUCAUUCUUUGAAGAACUGCUUACUAUUCAAUCUAUUGUGAAGAACCUGAUUUGCACUCUGUAGUGUUUAAAGAAACAAAGAAACUCUAAUAUUGAAUCUCUUAAAUUUAGUGUAUGUAAACAGCUUUCACUAUGUAUUGUCUAAAUGCAUUUAAUUCUCUUUUAUUCAAAGAAAAGCUAACGUGAAAAUACUGCUAUGUGACCAUGCAAGACUGUCAGAGCCAACAAAGACAACACUAAUCAGCAUAUCUUACAUUGGAUCACAGCGCUCUCCAAAUUAUUUGAAAAUGCAUACAGACAACUUGCCUGAUUUUUUUUUUUUUUAAAACGAGUAUCACAGGCCCUGUAACCUAUGCAGGUUUCCCCAUUAUGCAUAUAGAAAAUGCUAGUGUGUUGCUCACUUCAUGUGUAACAGGUGCCCUCAUGUUGUGCUGUAUCCUGUGCUUUUUCUGUGGGACCAUUCCAUUCAGGAACAAAGAGCACCAUGACUGCACACGUGUGUAUUUACUAACCCUUCCCUGAGGUGUGUGUAUGUUGGAUAUUGUGGUGUUUUAGAUCACUGAGUGUACAGAAGAGAGAAUUCAAACAAGAUAUUGCUGUUCUUCAGUUUUGUUUGUGGAAUUUGAAAUUACUCCAAUUUAAAAUAAAUUACUGGACUGUGGAAAUAACAUGUAGAAUUGCAGUUUUAAUUAAAUACAUCUCAAACCAGAA